GGGUAAAGACACUCUCAACUGCUAAAGGAAACAGUAGGAAAAGACAGAUCACUGCACCUAGUGAGUUGUCCUGCUGUCUGGGGCCCUGAAAAGGGAGAGAGAAGGCAAGUGGUGACAUGCUGCCAUUGGGACCCAAGUUUCUGCUGUGCCUCAUUGCGCUCUUCAUCCCCUCUGAUUGGAGUCUACUAGGGGUUAAUGGUCAGCGAGGAGAUGAGACAACUCAAGAGACAUUUACAGACGAUCCUAAUCUGGUGGUAAAUGAUCCUCCAACAGAUGACACAGUUCUUGUUGAUGUUGCGCCUUCCAUAGAUGAUCAGGCCAUCUCCAGUGACAAAAACACCAGUGCAGAGUGCCGGGAGGAGCAGUUUACCUGUACUCGCCUGUACUCGGUAUAUCGGCCAGUGAAACAGUGUAUCCAUCAACAACUCUGCAUCGUCAAUGUCCGCAGGAAGUAUAUCGUCAACAAGGAGAUCUGUUCCAGGCUCAUCUGUAAAGAACAUGAGGUUAUGAAAGAUGAACUGUGCCGUCAGAUAGCUGGUCUUCCUCCAAGACGUCUCCAACGUUCCAACUACUUCCGUCUCCCUGUUUGUGAUGAUGUGGAGGGGGAGAGGCCCAACGGCCUGUGAUCGUUAAGGAAGAAGAAUGGAAAAGAGGGGCAAGAAGGGAGGAAAAGGCCAUUGAUUUUCUAGGUCAGCUCACCCGUAGACAUCAAGAUGUCUUGGUCUGGUUCCUCUGCCCUCUGCCAAAGCCUCUGAUCCAAACUGUCCACGUUGAGCUCUUUCUUCAGCACUUCAAGUGGUGCUGCCAAUCUGUAACAUCACUGUAUAACAGGGAUACCUAAUGACUAUGUAGCUGAGCUGGAUUCCAGGAAGGUGGGAUGUCAAAUAGAUGACAUAUAGGGAGGGAGUCUAUUCUUGGCAAUCUAGAGAAUUUCGUAUCCCAUAUUGCUUUCAAAGAACCCUAGAAACCUUGUUUCCCAUACUAGCUCCCCUUCAUCUAUAUAUCACUCCUUACUCCUCUUUUGACUUGUCUAUAGUACUAACUAAAGUUUUAGCAUUUGCCUAUUAAGCCCUCUCUGGGGAGAAAAUGAUGGUGCUUUCCAGCAUCUGGCGUCCUUCUCAGAGAACUAAAUUCCUCUGAGACCAUAUAAAAGUCAAAACCUAAGAUUUUUAAAAACUUGGGUAUGGGUCUGAGGACCAAACCAAAUAAGGGACUAGGAUCUCUCUCCUAUGGUCAGAUCUGACAAUGCAGUUGGAAGCCAGUUAUCAUUUAUUGACUUGUUCAUUCACUCAUUAGUUCGUUCAGUCAAGCAUUUGAUGAUUAUUUUAUUGACUUUUCAUAUAAUAGGGAAUCCCAUGAAUCCAAAGAGCUCUAAUUGGAAUAGCUGAGUAAUUUUUUUUGAAGGGGGGAAAGCAAGGCAAUUGGGGUUAAGUGACUUGCCCAAGGUCACACAGCUAAUAAGUGUCAAGUGUCUGAGGCCAAUUUGAACUCAGGUCCUCCUGACUCCAGGGCCGGUGCUCUUCUCACUGCGCCACCUAACUGCCCCGAGUCAUUUCUAAUUAUCAGGAAAUAAGCUCUUUGCCUUUGUUGACUCAUUUUGCUGACCUGUGCUGUCUGUAAGGAACAGAAGGAAUGUGGAUUUACAACCCACAGAGAAGAUUUGGGGUGUUUGGCUUAUCAAAUACUGUGAUUAGCUUGGAGAAAACAAAACAUUAAUAUUGAAACAGAAAAGAGUAGAAAUUAGUACAAUCCAGAAAAAUAGAACUGGGAUGAGAUUAUGAAGUGAUUCAUUCCAGUAAAGAAAGUCAAGAUUGAUGUUUCAUGGUGGAGAAAUAGUUUGCCAAAGAAAAUCCUGGAGAAAUGUUUUGAAGGCUUUCUACACCCCAAGGAGCAAAGGUUUAUCAAUAGAGAGUCAUUGAUAAAUUCUAUAGAGAAAAUACCAGAUAAAUACCCUAGAAGAAUGACUUUUUGUUGUAUUAAGAUAUUCUAUUAUAAAAAAGGCUGGGAAAUAAGUCAUUGUAUUAGAUAAGGGGUAGGAUAUGGGCAAGAUGGAAUAUCAUCCACAAGAUAAAUUCUUAAUACUGGGCCGAAGAUAUGAGUUGCUAUUAGUUCAGGUGAUGAUGUUUCCUCUGUCUUGCUCUAAUUCUCAAAAUACAUAAAAUAUGAACUAUUC